AUGUUAAAUCUGGUAAAAAGAUACAGUAGUUUAUUUUUAAUCAUAACAAGUACACAGACGACAACCUCCUGUUCCACUCCGACAUCCCCACCCACCACAAGUACACAGACGACAACCUCCUGUCCCACUCCGACAUCCCCACCCACCACAAGUACACAGACGACAACCUCCUGUCCCACUCCGACAUCCCCACCCACCACAAGUACACAGACGACAACCUCUUGUCCCACUCCGACACCCCCACCCACCACAAGUACACAGACGACAACCUCCUGUCCCACUCCGACAUCCCCACCCACCACAAGUACACAGACGACAACAUCAUGUCCCACUCCGACAUCCCCACUCACCACAAGUACACAGAUGACAACCUCCUGUCCCACUCCGACAUCCCCACCCACCACAAGUACACAGACGACAACCUCCUGUCCCACUCCGACACCCCCACCCACCACAAGUACACAGACGACAACCUCCUGUCCCACUCCUACAUCCCCAACCACCACAAGUACACAGACGACAACCUCCUGUCCCACUCCGACAUCCCCACCCACCACAAGUACACAGAUGACAACCUCCUGUCCCACUCCGACAUCCCCACCCACCACAAGUACACAGACGACAACCUCCUGUCCCACUCCGACAUCCCCACCCACCACAAGUACACAGACGACAACCUCCUGUCCCACUCCGACAUCCCCACCCACCACAAGUACACAGAUGACAACCUCCUGUCCCACUCCGACAUCCCCACCCACCACAAGUACACAGACGACAACCUCCUGUCCCACUCCGACAUCCCCACCCACCACAAGUACACAGACGACAACCUCCUGUCCCACUCCUACAUCCCCAACCACCACAAGUACACAGACGACAACCUCCUGUCCCACUCCGACAUCCCCACCCACCACAAGUACACAGACGACAACCUCCUGUCCCACUCCUACAUCCCCAACCACCACAAGUACACAGACGACAACCUCCUGUUCCACUCCGACAUCCCCACCCACCACAAGUACACAGACGACAACCUCCUGUCCCACUCCGACACCCCCAUCCACCACAAGUACACAGACGACAACAUCAUGUCCCACUCCGACAUCCCCACCCACCACAAGUACACAGACGACAACAGCAUGUCCCACUCCGACAUCCCCACCCACCACAAGUACACAGACGACAACAUCAUGUCCCACUCCGACAUCCCCUAACCCACCACAAGUACACAGACGACAACCUCCUGUCCCACUCCGACAUCCCCAUCCACCACAAACGACAACCUCCUGUCCCACUCCGACAUCCCCACCCACCACAAGUACACAGACGACAACCUCCUGUCCCACUCCGACAUCCCCACCCACCACAAGUACACAGACGACAACCUCCUGUCCCACUCCGACAUCCCCAACCACCACAAGUACACAGACGACAACCUCCUGUCCCACUCCGACAUCCCCACCCACCACAAGUACACAGAUGACAACCUCCUGUCCCACUCUGACAUCUCCACCCACCACAAGUACACAGACGACAACCUCCUGUCCCACUCCGACACCCCCAUCCACCACAAGUACACAGACGACAACCUCCUGUCCCACUCCGACACCCCUAUCCACCACAAAUACACAGACGACAACCUCCUGUCCCACUCCGACAUCUCCAUCCACCACAAGUACACAGACGACAACCUCCUGUCCCACUACGACACCCCCAUCCACCACAAGUACACAGACGACAACCUCCUGUCCCACUCCGACAUCUCCAUCCACCACAAGUACACAGACGACAACCUACUGUCCCACUCCGACAUCUCCAUCCACCACAAGUACACAGACGACAACCUCCUGUCCCACUCCGACAUCUCCAUCCACCACAAGUACACAGACGACAACCUCCUGUCCCACUCCGACACCCCCAUCCACCACAAGUACACAGACGACAACCUCCUGUCCCACUCCGACAUCCCCACCCACCACAAGUACACAGACGACAAUCUCCUGUCCCACUCCGACAUCCCCACCCACCACGUAA